GACGAACGACAGGCACAUGCCGUCCCUGGUAGGUACUAAAGGUUCUGCCGGAAUUGAGUACCAAGGAUAUGCGGGGGCACCGGAUAGGGCGGAAGCAUGCGCGGGUGCAGAUUUUGGGGGGGCACCGCUGCCUCCUGCCUGGAUCCGUCGGCUGCCGCGAUGCACCACCAGACUUUCCCAUCGAUCUGCGAGGUGCGCACACAGACGAAGGCGCGGCACGAGGGGCGAUUUACUCCGUGCGUAUCAUUCUGUCGCACGACGCAGGGUCACACGGCCUGCUCACGUUACUGCGCCAGAUUAUUGCGUCCCCACGCUUGACAUAUUUUCCCCUGGGCACACGGGGGUUCACGUUAAACAAACAUACAUAAGUAAGCGUUCGAGAUUUUUACACUCUCGCUCGCUCGUACGUUGUUGCCUCUCUGCCACGUCCGUACCCCCUCUCCGCCGCUACUGCACUGCCCGCACGACACGAUGAACCGCCCCCGGACCGUCUCGCACGCGAAUGCGGAGCGCAUCCUGUACCUGAAUGAGAUCAACCACCGCUCCGGCGCGAUGUCGCGCUGGGAGCGGCUGCGGCACGGGCCCAUGCACCCGUUCGUCGAGUGCUUUGCUGAGGCCAUGGGCGUUUUCAUGUACGUGUACGCCGGUGUGGGCUCGCAGGCCGUCUGGGUCGUCGGAAACCUGCUCAAAGAGGUCGGCGCGUCGUCGAUUAUGCAGAUUGGGUUUGCGUACGCCGCUGGCAUCUGCCUUGCGAUUACGGUAUGCUCCGCGACGUCGGGCGGACACUUUAAUCCGUGCAUUACCAUCAUCAUGGUGCUCUUCAAGGGCUUCCCGAAGCUCAAAGCCGUCCGAUACAUCGUCGCCCAGCUGCUCGGCGGGUACAUUGCGUGUCUGCUCAUCUACGCGCAGUACCGGCACACCAUCCUCGCGAUCGAGGCGGCGACCCCGCCGGCCGUGCUCGCGGCGAUCCAGUACACGCCCUCGGGCCUGCCCGGGAUCUUCGCGCUGUACGUCGCGCCCGGGAGCAGUCUCGGGCAGGUCUUCCUGAACGAAUUCGUGUGCGACUUCUUCCUCGCGAUCGUCAUCUUCGGCGCCACCGAUGCGAGCAACGUGCUCGUCCCCCCUUCGACCGCGCCGUUCAUCAUCGCCAUGGCCUACGCCGCUGCCAUCUGGGGCUUCGCUGCGGUGGGACUGUCCGCCAAUGCAGCACGUGAUCUGGGUGGGCGGUUCGCGGCCAUGUCCAUUUGGGGAUCCGCCGCCGCCGGGAACAAAGGGUACGCAGCCAUUGCCGCGCUGACGAAUAUCCCGGCCACGAUCCUCGCAUGCUUGGUCUACGAGCUGGUGUUCGUCGACUCGGACCGCGUGGUGUCCCAGAUGCAUCGGGAGUACCACGACGUGCAUGCGCUGCACCGCAAACACGGACACGCGGCGGCGGCGCAUGGUGCCGAAGAUGACCAUACGAGCAGUGAGCAUGAGAAGGGGACCGUCGGGGUUAAUGAGCGGGUUUGAGCUCAAGUCGUGUUUUAUUUCUGUGUUAUUACCAUACAUGUAUCAUCAUUAUCGUCAUCCUCCUCGUCAUCAUCGUCCUG